AUGACUACACAAGCUGAUUCUUAUUCAGUCGAUGAUCCUUGGUCAACGAAUUCACCUAUUCGUAAUUCAGGAUCGGGCAUCAAUUCAACAAACAGUAGACCACUAACAUGGGCUGCUCCACCUUCCCAAACUUCCUCUUCGAUCGGAUCAAUAGAGCAUCAACAGCAUCUGCAUCACAAUUUGCCUGAGUUAUACGAGAAAGUGUUUGAAUUGAGUCAAAGUGCUGAACAAAGUGAAGAUCAAGGGAUAUCAUUAGGUCAAUUAGGAAAGAUCGUUCGUUGUGCUCAAGGAAUACAGGCAUCCGAUGUGGAGCGUAUCAUCAACCUGAGCUGUUCUUCAACUUCAUCGCAUUGCAGUAAGGAAGAAUAUGCGACAGCUCUACUACUGAUCGCUCAGCUGCAAUCCGGAUCACCUCUCGAUAUCAACUUGGCAAAAAGCACUCUUGCAUCUGCAGCACGAGAAGAUGGCUCUCCCAUCCCAACACCUCAACUCGAUCUUGGCAAAUUACGCUCUUCCGCAUUCAUGUCCCGCUCAUCCACCUUGACAGAUGUUACGACAAAGAAAGGGGCAAAAAUGUCUAUCACUAGCAGCGGGUCUUCAAACCUCGAUCCAUGGGCAGCAAACACUUCUCCAAGGGAAGGUUUUCCAGCCAAUUCUUCGGCCUUUCGCUCAUCCACUUUGCGUGCUUGGGAUGAAGAAGGAGAAGCAAAAACGAGCAACGGAAAACAGCAGACUGGAGCACGCCCCAAAUCUCCCCUUUAUUCUCCCGCAUACAUCAACCCCGAUCCUUCUUCCGUGCAUCUGUUACCCGACUUGGGAGGAUUUCUAUUCUUUCGGCAUGUGCUUUACCUUGUCAAAACGCCAAUUUGUGCUGGAGUAAAGAGAAGGUAUAGCGAUUUCGUCAAUUUGCAUGAGUAUCUCUUGACUCGAUUUCCAUUUCGACUCUUACCGCCUCUGCCACCCAAGAGACUAUCUCUGCCGCACAUGAAUCGCACGCAAUCCGUUGGAGCUGGUCAACAAGAUGCUUUCUUGGAACAGAGAAGGUUGGCUUUGGCAAGGUAUACACGUGGAAUAAUGAGUCAUCCAGUUAUGCGAAAAGAUGGCGUAGUACAAUCGUUCUUUGGAAGUACUACACACAGAUCCGAAAGACAUUCUGCUGAAUUACCAGCAGAUGAAAAUGCUAGCACAUGGAAAGGUGUGACUUUAGAUGGAGACCAAAUAGUAGAAGAAGGAUUAGACGAUUCAUGGAGAUUGAGCGAUGCAGAUGUUAUGCACAUUCCCGUUGAUAUGGAAGACAAGCUGAAGCGGACGAAGGAGCUUACGACAUCAGUUUUGGACAGGUGGAAUGGUGUGGUUGCUGUUUUUGAACGCCAGGUACGAAGAACUGAAGCUUCUUCAGCUGAAUAUACACGCCUUUCACUUGCUUUAUCUUCUUUGUUGGAAAUUGAAGAUCAAACAUACCAAGGAGCUGAUGAAACGGAAGAUGAUGGCGAUCGUACUGGCGGAGGAGGUACCUCUACCCCGCCGGCCAUGCCACUCCGUUCUGAUGCAUUCCAACGCAGUUCAACGCUGUUGGUUUCCAACAGUCAAGAUUAUGCUGAUCUUUCAACGGCACGUUUCCAUGCACUUCAACAUACUCUUGAUGCAUUGAAAAACGGUCGUGAUUUGUGGGUUUCACUAAAAGACCUUUUCAAGAGGUAUGACAAAUUUGGAAAAGAUCCUAUUCCCGAUCUGGAAAGCAAAAUUGAAUCUUUACGUAAACGAUGGAAAUCGGUUCAAGAAGAAAAGAAGCCUGGUUGGCAAGAGCAAUGCGGAAAGAUUAAAAAGGAGAUUGAACGAGAACAAAAGAUGAUCGAACGUUUUAAACGUAGAAAUGAAAGGGUAAAAGUGGCCAUUUGGCACGAAAUGGCAAGAGCACAAGAAUUGAAAAAUCACAUCAUUCGUGAUUGGCAAAUGUAUGCAAGAAAUGAAAGUAUUCAUCUUGCUGCACUCAAACAAGCUGCCGAAGAACUCAAUAUCGCAUUGGAUCAGCAUUAA